CAUUCUAUGAUCAGUUUAAAUGUCAAAUCCACUCCUCUAUCUCAAAAGGAGGGAUACGGGCAGGUGUGUGUGUUCUAUUUCUAGUGGUGCGCGCUCCGCUCUCUAAGUGGGAUUCCGUGAUAAGGACUUCUGUAGCGGUAGGGCAAGAGGUCCUAUUUCAGUCUCCGUCAUAGGGAGUCGGACGCUGACUGCUUCCUUCACAGCAAAAACAAGUAUUCUUUUCAUAAAUUCUCAAUUAUUUGACAUGGCGUUGUUCCGGAAAUUGCAUGUUCAUAGACGGAAGGACAGUGUUAUUCCGGACACUUGUCCACUGCAUGGAGGUCAAAUGACCAUGUUCUGUGUGUCGUGUGACGUCAUGUGCUGUCUUCUUUGUCUUGACGAGACACAUAGCGCUCACUCUGUGACAGAUAAAGAUACAGCUAAGGAAAACAAGAUGGCGACCGUCACCAGCAUGAUUCAGCGCAUCCAAAAGUCAUUGGCUCCGGACAUGAAGAAGAAGGUAGAGGCUCUCCGGGAAGGGAGACGGAAGAACAAGAGGGAUUUCAAAGACCUGGUGAACACGAUCCUCGAUCGCGGGGACGAUCUCAGGUUACAGGUAGACGACAUUGUCAACGAGUAUGUCGAUGAAUGUGAAGCAAUGCGAAAACGGAACGACGAAAUUUUAACGGAGAUUAUUAAAUGUUAUGAGAAGAGCGAGAAGGAUAUUAAUGGCUACAUGGCCGUUUUUCUAGACGCCACCUCCUCCGGUCACUUGUCCAAGCUGACGGAAGCAGUGCGAAUCUGCAAUGACUGUGUUGAGCAAGCGCUUCCCAGGCGACAGCGAACCAAACUGUCUCUACCCAAGUUUGUUAAAGGCAAGACUGAUACCGAUGAUUUAAGGGGCAAUAUCGGGAAACUUGAACUGUCAUCAAAAACAAAGUUUGGAAAUACCUUUCACGUCAUGUCCGAGUUUGUCCACAAAACACCUUUUCAGUUGCGGUCACUGCGUAAAGCAGGAGUAAACUCGUCUUGGAUUGGCUGCUGGGAUAACAUUGUUCAUUUGACGGACCAAAGAGGAGCAGUGUUACGUUCAGUGACAUGCGGAGGGACAGUGAUGGAUAUUUGUGUGGGAAGAGACAAUCAUUUAUGGUUAGUGUGUGAAGACAACAGUGUAAGGUGUUUCGUUGGAAAUGACGUCAUUUCCGGUAUUGAAGACACACCUGUAGUAACUGUUAACGGAAGUGAAGUAUUAGUACCUAAUAAUGAGGUGGCACGUGCAGUGUUCCACACAGACUGGACGCCCUACUCCGUCUGUAUGAGCACAGAUGACCUGUUGUACAUCACGAUGUCUAUGUGCACUGUCACGAAUAACCAUGUCGGGCGGCUGGCGAGGUACCGCACAAACGGCUUGUUGGUUGACGAGAUAGAGAAAGAUUCUAAAGGGCAACUGUUAUUCGAGAAGCCCCAGAGGAUGGCUAUUAGCCAGCCAUCAUCUCUGCUAGCCGUGGUAGAUUUUACUCAAAGUGCAGUCGUUUUAAACAAAGAUAUGAGUUUCCGAUUCCGCUAUGUGGACGAAAAAUCUGGAUUUAGUCCUUGUGACGUCACAUUUGACCCUGAUGAAAAUAUUUUGAUAUGUGACUCAGGCUCUAGGUGUGUUUUAAUGGUGGAUACAUCCGGGGUUCUAAAGCGGCGCGUGCUGGAGUUUGAUGGAGUGACACCUAGUGUCGUGUCAUGUGAUGCGGCAGGUAAAGUGUGGGUCGGUCUGGAGGAUAAGAAAAUCGUGGUGUUCCAACAUCGGGCCCCAGACUGAUUAUAACGAUGCCUUCCGGUGUGUCGUCAGGGGUUAACAAAUAUCGAUAUCGCAGUCGCUAGCGUCAUUGUAUUGAACUAUUUGUAUUAUGUAUAAAGGUAUAUAUCUAGGACAUUUAAUAAUGUAGUGAUCAAAGAUAUGUUAUGCUUGUGUUUUUAGAAAGGAAACACUCCUUGAUUUAACUAACAUGAUAUAAACGAAAUGUAAGAUAUGUGAUCAAAGUAUACAGUCGACAUUGUGAGCUAGUGGUAUAGGUGAUUGAUCAAUUUGUCCGAAAGGAAAGGGCAAAGAAAAUAGGUUUUCAAAUAAGACAUUAUUCUUUGGGGGACAAAUUAAGACACUUUACUUACGUGUCACACUCAUGUGUUAUUCUUGCACUUAUCUGACGAAAAUGUUCUAUCAAGUUGCUCGUUUCAAGCGACACACACGAAUAUGCUAUGUAAGAAAUGCUUCUUUACUGAUGAAGUAUAUAACACGGCUUAUAUACAUUGUUGGAUUCAAUAUGUGACAAAGACCUAGGUUAUUAUUUUGUUUAGUUAUUCAACUGUAAACGUCAAUAAAUUC